AUGCUCUGCGCGUGCGACACGUUGCGCUGGCAGCUCGAAGCCUUCGAGCGCGCGGCGCGAGACGACGAGUGGCGCGCCGAGGCGCUAGGCCAGGCGCCAUCCAGCGUGAACGAGACUCGCGAGCGGCGCCGCCAGUUCGUCUCCGCGAUUCGCAUGCAGUUGCAGCAGGUGCAGGCCGUCAUCCGCCCCGCGAUCGGCGCCUCCUCGGCUGCCGCAGAUACAGCCGUCGCGUCCGGGUCUUCGGUCGGAAGUAGUAGCGCGGUUAGCGGCGUGGAUUCCGGUGGAAUAACAGUCGCUUUUCCGUCCGGUUUGGCAGCGGCCGCUUCUAACGCGUCUAGCCGAGCAGCAGCAGCAGCUGUUGCUUCUACUGAAACUGAUGGUAACCCUGCUUUCGUCUCUCCUUCAUCUUUCCGUGCCGCUGACCACGCACCGCUAUUCGGGGGAGGCGCAACCGGGGGAGGCGCAACCGGCAGCAGGGGCGGGUGGUGGGGGCAGCAGCAGCAGCGGCGGUGGCGGCGCGGGCGGGAGCAGCAACAACCGUCAUGGCAGUGCCUUGUUUACUGGCUAAAGCAUAUUCAAAGACCGGGGGAAGGUGGGGCAGCAGGAGGGGGAGCGGGCGGGGUGGCUGGUAAGGGGGGGUAUGGCGAGAAGGAGACGAUGGGUUCGGGGAGGCUGCUGCUCGACGGACGUGUGGACAUGGCCGAAAUGGAACUGGGUCUUCUGCAAUUAAACAACAGCCAGGUCGCUCAGAUGAACGCCCAUUGGCCGGCUCAACGGCUAGCAGAGGAAGAAGAGGAGGAUGAUCAACGGCAGGGAUCUGCUCACGAUGACGACGCAGGCGAGAAUCAACGGCUGGUUUUCGGCUGGCAGCUGUCGCUGCACCGGAAGAAGCGACGGUCGAGAUCGAAAGCUGGAGGGAAAGGGGGAGUAGGGGAGUCUGAUGGGGAGGAGAGUGAGGGAGGAGCAGUGGUGCUGAUGGGUUUGAAUGGCAGAGAGCUAGUAACGGCGCUUGUGGCGAUAGUGGGAAUCAUUCUCCUGAUACUGCUGCUGCUGUCAUGGUGUGGAGUAGGGGGGUCAGCACAACAAGCAAGCAGUUCUCCGUCCCUGCCUCCUCCGAAUGAUUAA